UUUAUUGGGAGUAAAGACUACUUGAAUCUCAAGAGAAGGCUUGCCAAUAACCUGAAACCAUAGAACACAGUUCUUUUAAAAAUAAGGUUUUUAAAAGUAGGUCGUGAAAGUGUUUAAUGUUACAGCCGCAUUCCAAUGACAACUCGUUUGGUACUUUUCAUCACGUUUAAAAUGGGGGAAAUGAGACAUUAUUUAAAAUGAACGCGAACACACAUUUGAGACUGAUGACAAGAUUUCUUGUCUGCGCCUCCACCCCUCACAAGAAUUCUUUUACUGAUUGCUAAUGCAGAGCAACAAUAAAGAACCCUAGGCACUCUCGGGGCCCAGAAGUGCAGGAGGGCCACACGGAGGGAACACUGGGUAGGUAGGUCGAAUGCGGCUGACUCGGCUCACUUGAGAGCGCACCUGUCCACUUAACCAGACCUCCACCAGAUCCUCCCGGAGCGGUUCGGGGCUCACCCGGAAGUUCCACCUCCGAAUAUUUUACUUCCGGUCGCCAUGGCGACUGGGCGACUUGGGGUCGGGGAGACGCUGGGGGCCCUUAACGCUGCCUUAGGACCUGGAGGUCCGGUGUGGUUUAAGGAGACCCGUGCCCGGCACCUGCGUGUCCGAGACUUCCUGGCACCGAGACAAGCUCUACGGGCGCGCUUCGGGGACGAGCAGGUGCCGGAGCAUGUGUUCCAUGCGGUCGCUAGUCUGCAGGGUCCCGGUGUGGCCCCGGUGCUGCGCUGCGCGCCGACACCAGCGGGUUUGGUGCUCCAGUUGCAGCGACCUGCAGUCUUUCAGCGUGUCCUCGGCUCAGUUGCCUCCUAUGCCAAGCCCACCAGACCUGCCUCGCCCGGACCGCGAGUAGUUCUGCACUGCCCGGCUUUGCGCUGCAGCCCUGACGCACUCCGCCUGAGCCAGCUGCGUGCAGUACUAGUGGCGGAUCACCUGGCGCGAACUCUGCGUACUCAAGGGAUGUGUGUGCACCUAGUGCCCGCUGUGCGGGACCCGCACAUGCCAACUUUCCUGCAGAAACUGAGGGUUGACUGGCCCACUGCCUCGGCAAGAACGUCUACUGAAACCCUGAAGAGCCGUGUGCUAGCAGAGCUAACCUCUCUGCAUGAUGGGGAGACACUGCCCCCUGGCGUCUUGGGAAGACUAUGCCUGAAGGAUCUGGUGGAAGAACAGGGCCACAGGGCUGGCUAUGACCCCAGUGUGGACAACUGUCUUGUGACUGAGGACCUGCUCUCUGUGCUGGCUGAGCUGCAGGAAGCUGUGCAGCACUGGCCAGAAGACAACUACCAAAGCCUGACGGUGGCUCCAGAUGCUGGUGUAGACAGCUGCAUAGUUGUACAUGUGGUGAGCUGUGAGGAGGAGUUCCAACAACAAAAGUUGGACCUACUUUGGUGGAAGUUGGAUGACCAGGCUCCACUCAGACAGAAGCAUCUGGUCUGUGGCCCAGUAAAAGUAGCUGGUGCACCUGGAACUUUGAUGACUGCCCCUGAAUACUAUGAGUCCCGACAUACCCAGGUGUGCAAGGUCUCAGCUCUGAAGCACGGUGGUAGUCUGGCACAAGACCCAGCCUGGAUAGAGAUCUUUGGGGUUCUCUCUGUGGCUACCAUCAAGUUUGAGAUGCUAAGCACAGCCCCACAAAGUCAGCUCCACCUGGCCCUGACUGACAGUAGCAUUUCCACAAAGGGCACAAAGAGUGGCACCUUUGUCAUGUAUAAUUGUGCCCGUCUUGCCACACUCUUUGAGGGUUACAAACGCUGUAUGGAACAAGGUCUGUACCCCACUUUCCCACCUGUGAGCAGUCUGGACUUCUCGCUGCUACAAGAUGAGGGCGAGUGGUUGCUGCUCUUCAACAGUGUCCUUCCCUUCUCGGAUCUGUUGAGUCAGACUGCAGUCCUGACCUGUAUAUCCCCGGGGCUCCGUGUCACUGCUCACACAGAGAUGGUAUGCAAAUUCCUGAUACAGCUCAGCAUGGAUUUCAGCUCAUACUAUAACCGGAUACAUGUCCUAGGGGAGCCUCGGCCACACCUCUUUGGUCAGAUGUUUGCCCGCUUGCAGCUUCUGAAAGCCGUGCGUGAGAUACUCCAUACUGGCCUGGCUAUGCUGGGCAUCCCUCCAUUGAACCACAUCUAAAGCCACAGAGGGCCAAGUAUAUGGGAAUGUUUAUAAAAUUAUCAACUGGAAGAAAAAUGCGAAACUCCACAGACUUCAGGAGCUUAAAGCCAAAAUAAAUUGCUUUUGUUACAAGGUUA